AGAGAUUUCCGAAGCUCCUGAUCCGUACAGAACACGAGCAGGAAGUUUUUUCGGGUCCAACGUCCGCUUCGUUUACGGCGGUUUUAUCGCUUUAUGACUGCGGAUAAAGCGCGAGCUCAGACUCCUUGUCUUCCAGCACGAGAAGGGUGCACCUGAGCUGGUCGAGCAGGUUCUGCCUUCUCCACCCCUGUCACCUGCGAGUGUCACAUACCGCAGAUGCAUUGUUAUAUCCCAGAACAGAGAGGAGAUCAGCGGCCGCAGUCCAGCACUGCCGGAGGACGCUGCCCGCACCGCCAUCAUCCCGAGACUGCAGACGUGUCCCUCUGUGGGGUGGACACCUAGGACCUGACCGCUUCCUAUCGCUGCUUGUGAGGUGUGCAGAGUAAAAGCCAUGUCUCUCCGGGACGGGAGCUCAGACACCUCCGCUCCGAAAAGCCGCAGCCCCGCACCCGACGACCCCGAACCCCCCAGGAAAAAACGCAACAACGUCUCCGAGACGCUGGAAGACAAGCAGCCAUUGCUACAGACCUCCGAAGAAGACCCCGCCCCCUACGCCGCAGAAGACCGCGCCCCCUCCGCCGCAGAAGACCACGCCUCCACUGCUGACCGCGCCCACUCUUUCUUUCAGCCGCGCUGCUGCCCCCCAGCGGCCGGCAGCAUCAUUGUACUCUGCUGUCAUGGAGGAGCCAAGAUGGCGGCCCUGGCCUACAACCUGGGCAAGCGGGAAAUCAACCAGCACUUCAGCGUGAGGAACGCCAAGCUUCUGGCGCUGGGGGCCGCGCUGCUCAUCUCCGCCUGCCAUGCCGUGUUCUGGGGCUACUCGUCUCACGGAGAUGACACGUGCGGAUACCUCAUAUCCAGCGGCCGCUUCCUGGGGGAGAAAGUAUGGCAGCCGUACAGCUGUAUGACCCACCGAUACAAGGCCAGAGAAGCCACCGGCUGCCUGAGAAACCAGCAUGUGACGUUCGUGGGCGACUCCAGGAUCCGUCAGCUCUUUUACGCUUUUAUUAAGAUUCUUGAUCCAUAUGUCAAAGAGCAAGGGAACAAGCAUGAGAACAUACCUUUCGAGGAUUCUCGGGAGAAUAUCCGGGUGGAUUUCCUGUGGUACCCGGAGGUGAACGGCUCCAUGAAACAAUGCUUCCAGUCGCUGAGCGAGAGCACAUCAUCAAAGCCUCAAAUCGUCGUAGCGGGAGCCGCCACGUGGUCAAUAAAGAUGAACAACGGCAGCGCAGAGUCUCUUGCCCAAUACAGAAUAAACCUGACGGAUAUAGAGCCGCUUCUGGGGAAGCUAGCGGACAGCAGCGACGUCUACUGGAUCUUACAAGAUCCGGUCUACGAGCCGUUGUUGAGCGAAAGUCGCAGAAUGAUUACCAAUGAAAGAAUUGACGCUUACAAUGAGGUCGCAGCAGGGAUAUUAAAUGGCACCAAUAGGAAAUCAAGAUCAAAAAUCAAAAUUUUUAGCGUUUCAAGGCUCAUCUCAGAGGAAACAAUAGAGCAAUCCCUGGAUGGUCUCCACAUUCCAGAGACCAGCAGAGAUAUCAGUGCCAUGAUCCUUAUGAAUUCUUACUGCAACAAAAUCAUGAAGCCCAUAGAUGGCUCCUGCUGCCAGCCCGCGCCCCCUCUCACCUUCAUACAGAAGCUGGGAGCCAGUUUCUUUGCUUUAUCCAUUGGGGCCUAUGUGGCCAUCAGCGUAAUCCAGCGGAACAAGCACAGGAAGAACAAGAUGUGCACGGACAUAGAGAGCGGGGAGGAGAAGAAGCCGGCCACCGUCAACCCCGCCGCCUCUGCACUGGAGGUCGCCCUCUUCUCCUUCUCCAAGUUGGGUAUCCUCAUGGCCUACUUCUACUUCUGUGACCGCGCAAACCUGUAUAUGAAGGAAAACAAGUUUUAUACCCACUCGUCAUUCUUCAUCCCCAUCAUCUACAUCCUGGUGCUGGGCGUCUUCUACAACGAGAAUACGAAGGAGACUAAGUUGUUGAAUCGGGAUCAGACUGAUGAGUGGAAAGGAUGGAUGCAGCUCGUCAUCCUGAUCUAUCACAUCUCUGGAGCCAGCUCUUUUCUACCGGUGUACAUGCACGUCCGGGUUCUGGUCGCUGCGUAUUUAUUUCAGACUGGAUACGGACACUUUUCUUAUUUCUGGAUAAAGGGGGAUUUUGGACUCUACCGAAUUUCCCAGGUCUUGUUUCGCCUCAACUUCCUGGUGGUGGUCCUCUGUGUAGUGAUGGAUCGGGCAUACCAGUUCUACUACUUUGUCCCAUUGGUUUCCUUCUGGUUCAUGGUGAUCUAUGGAUCAUUGGCAUUAUGGCCCCAGAUAACCCAGAAGAAAGCAAAUGCCAAUAACAUCUGGUAUUUUGGCCUGGCGCUAAAGUUCGCUUUCCUGCUGCUGUGUCUCUACGUCCUGUCCCGCUCUCAGGAUUCCUUCCAGAAGAUCUUCUCUCUUUGGCCGAUAUCCAAGCUGUUCGAGCUGAACGGUGAAGUCUAUGAAUGGUGGUUUAGAUGGAGCUUAGACCGAUAUGCGGUUUUCCACGGAAUGCUGUUCGCAUUCAUCUACCUGGCGUUACAGAAACAUCAGGUGCUUUUCGAAGGAAAAGGAGAACCUCUGUUUUCCACCAAAGUCUCCAGUGUUUUACUCUUCUUCUCUGUCGUUUCUUUCCUGACCUACUCGAUAUGGGCCAGCAGCUGUAAAAACAAGACAGAAUGCAACGAGAUGCACCCAUCAAUUUCUGUCGUACAGAUUUUAGCUUUCGUCCUCAUCAGGAAUAUUCCUGGAUACGCCCGUUCCGUGUACAGCUCCUUCUUUGCCUGGUUUGGCAGAAUUUCCUUGGAGUUAUUUAUCUGUCAAUACCACGUUUGGCUGGCGGCCGAUACCAAGGGCAUCCUGGUCCUCAUCCCCGGGUACCCCAUGCUCAACAUCAUUAUUAGCACUUUCAUCUUCGUGUGCGUAGCACAUGAAAUCUCGCACAUCACCAAUGACCUGGCGCAGAUCUUGGUUCCAAAGGACAUGCCGGCGCUCACCAAGAGGUUACUGUGCAUCGCCAUCUUCUUUUUUAUACUCCUGUUUUUAUCUGCAGUUCAACAUUAGCAGGACAUCAGGCAUAAACUAUUACAAAGACUCCAGGAACUAUGUCUACCUUACAUCACGAGGACACCGCGGUGACUUCAUCUUUGUAUCUGGUACGAAGCCAAUAAAUCCAGGAACUAUGUCUACCUUACGUCACGAGGACACCGCGGUGACUUCAUCUUUGUAUCUGGUACGAAGCCAAUAAAUCCAGGAACUAUGUCUACCUUA